CGGGAACUGGCGUUGGGAGGCUCUCUCUCUCUCUGUGUCUGUGUGUCAUCGCAGGAGCAGGCUCCAGCCGGACGCCGGGCUGCCAAGGACCGGGCAAGCAGGGGAUAUCGUCGCAUAUCAAACCGGCCAGCCCGCCCGCGGAUCAUCUUUCUCGGGUUUCAUCAUCAUCGACAUCAACAUCAUCAUCAUCAUUAUCAUCAUCAACUCAUGACAUGCAUUACGAUCACGGCGUUUAACCUUCGGGCCGAUCCACUAGCCCUCCCAGGGGGGAGGGCAGGGUCAGACCUCAACCGAGCAAGGCUGGGUCAGGGCGGCAUGUGCCCAUUUUCCUUUUUCGUCUAUUUCUUUCUGUCCGGUCUCGUUUUUUGGUUUUGGAGUCUCGCUGGCUUUGUCCCAGCUUGCCUCGGUCGGUCUGGUCGGCCUGGUCUGGCUUCUUCUUUCUCUCUCGGCGCUACGUAUUCGGUUACCAUCACCCCUCUGAUACCCCCGUCACAUCUUGGUACCCCAGCAUUUUUCACAGUCCCGCGUCGUCGUCGUGGUCAUCGUCGUCGGGCGGCGGCGGCCGCGGCGGCGGUUUGCUUGUUGUUAGUUUUUUGUUCUUGUGUGUGCGUGCGUGGGCUAGCUAUGGAUGGCGUUCUUUUUGGUCGGGCAGGUCGGGGCGGGAGAUUGCGUGUUUUGGUUAGUUAGGUCGGGUUGGGUAGGUUGGGUUGGGUUGGGUUGGGUUUGGGCGGUUCGGGUUGGGCUGGUUUGGGUGGUAGACGUACCGUACCGUACCGUACCGUACCGUACCGGUAGCUUUAAGCAGGCGGACUACCUACGUUCGCCGUAAGGCUUCGGGCAAUGAAUUUUAGACAUUGAGACACUUCACCACGCUUCUUUCGGGACUGUU